UGGAACCAGCAGGUUAGUGUUCACCGCGGUGCAGCGCAAAGGAGCCCGGGAGAGCGCAGUGACCCGGAUUCGGGUGAGACCGACCGCGAUCGCAGGAUGGACAUGAAGAAAAGGAUCCACCUGGAGCUCCGGAACCGGACGCCGGCCGAUGUCAAAGAGCUGGUCCUGGACAACUGCCGGUCCAAAGAAGGAAAAAUCGAGGGACUGACAGACGAAUUUGAAGAACUGGAAUUUCUAAGCACAAUCAACGUCUGUCUCAGCUCUGUUGCAAAUUUACCAAAGCUAAACAAAUUGAAAAAGCUGGAGUUGAGUGAUAACAACAUCUCGGGCGGACUGGAAGUACUGGCAGAAAAAUGUCCAAACCUCACACAUCUCAACCUGAGCGGAAACAAAAUAAAAGAUCUGAGCACAAUAGAACCUCUGAAAAAAUUAGGGAGCUUAAAGAGCUUAGACCUGUUUAACUGUGUGGUCACCAACCUCAACGAGUAUCGAGAAAACGUCUUCAAGUUACUGCCUCAGCUCACUUACCUGGAUGGGUACGACCGAGAUGACAAGGAAGCCCCUGACUCCGAUACUGAAGCCUAUCUGGAGGGUUUAGAUGAUGAAGACGACGAUGACGAUGGUGGGUACCGGAAUUAUGGCUUUUCAAGCGCCUGUGUUUUUGCCUUCUUGAUACUGGGAGUUUAA